CAUGAGCCCAACUUCGCGAACAGCCAGCAAUUCCUCGCAACAAUAAUGGAAGAUUUUGAAAUCUCCUAUUCCUUGGAAGAUGAAUCGCAGUUCUGGAGAGAGCUGGAAGAUAUUGUCUCGGCCAACUGUUCGUCCCAUCAUUUGAUCGACAACGCCUUGCGAUCCUAUCUCCAUUUCACCACGAACUUCAAAGACGAAUACCUCAAUACCGAGUACGAUAUCGCCCGUUGCUCCCAAAAGCUCCUGCUGAGCGAGCUUUUCGAGGCCAACAAGGAUUAUGUGAGGAUUCAGAUCGUCUAUAGUCUGCUGCAGGAGGACGAACCGGCAGCACUACAUCUUAUAGCCAGUUUCCUCCUUCUCGAUGGCCGACAUAAUGAAGCAACUUUCGAGAUGAUGAACCGUGAGGGGUGUUUUCCUAGGCUGCUGGAGUUGAUCAAACAAGGGAAGCAAGGCGAUGCUCGAUUGCACAGACUCCUCCUGGAGCUGCUCUAUGAAAUGUCAAGAAUGCAGCGUCUAAGUGUUGAAGAUUUGGCCCAUGUGGAUGACGAAUUGGUCACCUAUCUCUUUCAGAUCAUUGAAGAACUAUCCGACGAUGUUGAUGAUCCAUAUCACUAUCCAGUCAUCCGUGUUUUGCUAGUUCUCAAUGAACAAUACAUGGUGGCAUCCACGGCCUCAAUUGAAAGCGAUCCGCCAGCACGACCUCUCACAAACCGCGUCAUCAAACUGCUCUCCCUUCACGGAUCAAGUUACAUGACAUUUGGGGAAAACAUCAUCCUACUACUGAAUCGUGAAACCGAGACCUCCCUCCAACUCCUCAUUCUCAAACUCCUCUACCUGAUCUUCACUACAAAGGCAACACACGAAUACUUUUACACGAACGACCUGCGAGUUCUUCUCGAUGUUAUAAUACGCAAUCUGCUCGACCUCCCGAACGAGUUCAUCUCCCUGCGACACACUUACCUUCGAGUACUCUAUCCGUUGCUCGCACACACACAACUAAACCAAGCACCUCAUUACAAGCGUGAUGAAAUAAUCAAGGUUCUCAGCAUCCUUGGCGGAUCCGGAACUGGGCAUUGGGAACCUGCCGACGAAACGACAAUUCGACUUGUGGAUCGUGUAUCCAAGGUUCCCUGGUUGCGGGACGAUGAUAUCAGCGAGGGAGAGGUGGCGCGCAAGUUACUGGGGAUAUCACUCUCCCAGUCCCAAACUGCGAGUAUGACGAGUGUUGUCGAUGUAGCGGCGGUGAUGGAGAAGCCGGGCGUCCAGACUCCGAGUAGGAAGUUUGAAUUCGAUGAUUCUUUACAUGAUGAGAACGAUAGGAAGACAGAGGUGAACGUGGGGAAAGGAGCACCAGCGGCAGGAAGAACACGACAAGCCCCGCCCCCACCACCACCACCUACGCAUUCAGUCAACGGCGCGAAGCAAGGCGGAAAGAAGUUACCCCCUAAAACUCCUCCCCCAAGACGGAGGACGAGGUUAAAGGCCAUAGACCCUCAGACAAAUCUCGAGGGCAGAGAAACGCAAUGAUAGGAUGUUGGCAUUGGAGUCUGUUGCAUUUACUGGAAGCGAAGGCGUUUAUUGGCAAAGGAGCUACGGUGGAGUUCUCGUGCCUUGAUAUUGCAUAUCUGGUGUUUUGUCUGGGCUAGGACCAAGAAAUCAAGUAUAUUAUUACCUGGUG